CAAAAAAUUGAAAAACAUGAUUUUUGCGAGUAUUCAUCGUGUAAUCAGUCUUUCGACGCGAGCCACUACUAAAAACAUUCUCGUACGAAACAUUUCCACGAUUUCCUUGGCCCGAAAGAACUUUGGUCGUUCCGGUCAGACUUUCGAGGUUCGGUCUGUACUCUGUUUCAGUGCUAUUCGCAACAAUUCGGCUCAACGUCGUUUCAGUAAGCAGCCUAGUAUCUCAAAAGAAACCGAACAUAAUAUCCCGGCUUUGCCGGCUAAACGACGACCUUUGAGAAAAAAAAGACUAAUUUCGGACGACCUAGAGGCAACACAACCCGGAUUCUGGAAUGUCAAAGCUAUGGCAACCGCAGAAGAUUACAAUUUGGAGAGUCUUAUGGAAGGGCUUGUUAAACAAGAUCUAUACAUUCCAAGAAAAAUCAAUACAUCCUCUAAGUAUGUUCCAUUGGAAAGGCAGGAGUUGGAAGAAGUAGCUGAAAAGGCAAAAGAUUGGGCCUUGAUGCAUGGCAUGCUAUUCAGACCGAAGAAAAACUUCAGCACAGAAAUGAUUCCUUUUGUUCCAUUCACCCUUCUGCCAUCGUCGUUUCCUCGCAAAGAAUUUGAGAUGGCUUGCCAAAUUCAGUUGGUUCUGAAUAGUUUGAUGCAUGCGGUGGCUCAUGAUUACAAUUUUUUGAAAGAAACUCUGCGAGAGACCGUGCAAGUGGAUCCUUUUACCACAAAAUUAUUUGACAUUUACGAGACUGUAUACAAAGAAGGUUUCACUCAAAAAAUGUCUCUUGGUUUGCUGAGAUCGGAUCUGAUGCUUGAAAGUGCUUGCACCGAUAACGGAUGUGGGAAAAUCACUCGAGCAUUUUGUUGCUGGAAACAAGUUGAAAUAAAUACAAUAGCAUCUGGAUUUGGUUGGUUUGGUCCUUCCACCACCAGCCUCCACAAGUUUAUUCUUUGUGAACUCGGUCUUGAGCACAAGCUGCAUAAUUUGCCAGAAAACAAUGCGCUCCAAGAACUCUGCUAUGGAAUGAUCAAAGCCUGGGAAUUAUACAAUGAUCCUAAAUCGAUAAUACUUUUCAUAAUCGAAGAUGUGACUUAUAACAUUUGUGACCAGAGAUUUCACGAGUUCGAAAUUCGUCGUCAGAAUAAUAAUGUGAGAGUGUUGAGAAAAACACUCACCCAACUAGCGGAGGAAGCUAAGCUUGGACCCAAGAAAGAAUUAUUGGUAAACGACACUGCUGUUGCAGUGGUUUACUUUAGAUGUGGCUAUGAACCAGGACAGUAUCACACGGAUAAAGAAUGGAACAUAAGACUGCUCAUCGAGCGAUCGCUUGCCAUUAAAUGCCCCUCGAUACAAUAUCAUCUCGCUGGAUCAAAAAAAAUUCAGCAAGCACUUGCCACACCUGGGAUUGCCGCAAAGUUCUUGAAAAACGACGAAACCGCAGCGCAGAUCAAACAAAUAUUCACUGGUUUGUAUUCUUUGGAGUUGAAUGAACAAGGAGACGCGGCAAUGAAAAUGGCGAUUUCGGAGCCGCAUCGUUUUGUGUUAAAACCGCAGCGUGAAGGUGGCGGCAACAACGUUUACGGAAACGACAUAAAAGUUUUUUUGGAAUCAAUGAAGAAUCAACGAGAUCGAACGGCGUAUAUACUGAUGGAAAGGAUCCAACCACCUUCUCAGUUCAAUUACAUCGUGCGUCCCGGUGUCGAGAAGAAUCUUGAAUUGGAAGAAUCUACGGUCGAGCUCGGAAUUUUUGGAGUCGUGCUCGGUGACGCGGACAACAUAAUAUUGAACAAGCAAGCUGGUCAUAUGAUGCGUAGUAAAUUAGCCUCUUCGAACGAGGGUGGAUUGAUGGUCGGAGCUGGAGCUUCUGUACCAGAUGUUAUUCACGCCGUACCUAAAUACGAAGUCGGACACGAAGCAAGAGAAAUUUUUUUUUUUCGAGAAGGCACAGUUGUCAUGUGGAAUAUUCCUGAACUUGAGAGCGGCAAUAUUCUACAUUUUUUAAAAGUUUUCGAAGAAUCGAGUUACUCGAACAACAUAAUACAAGCUGAGAGCGAAAUGAUGUCAUAUACAUACGCCGAAACUGGGAAGAAGAGUCACCUCAAGGACGGCGACAUUUAUUUGGCUGUCGAUGCAACUAGUUUGGACAAAUACACGUUUUCGAACGCAAUUGCGCAAUCCGUGAAACUGGGAAUAUCUGAAGCGUCCUUGGAUCGCUAUAUCGAUUCGAUUGAAUUCGUAACAGAGGAUUUGAAAGCGGGUAGAAAAAUCAAAAUGACUCGCGAAGAGGUGCUCAGAAAGCAGGGUGAACUUUUCGCUCUGAGACAUUUGAUUAAUCUCAGCUCGGAUCUCCUAGACACACCUGAUUUUUAUUGGGAAAGGGACGAACUUGAGAUGCUUUAUCAACAAACUUGUAAUUAUUUCAGCAUUACAAAACGCACAAGGGUUAUGAACGAGAAAAUAAAUCACUGCGUCGAAUUGGUGGAACUUUUAUCGUCUCAUUUGAGUGAUCGACAUCACGUGCGCCUCGAGUGGAUGAUAAUUGUAUUGAUUAUGGUUGAAGUUGGAUUUGAAACUCUGCACUACUUAGAUCGUUAUUUCGCGAAAGAAGAUACGAACGAAAGUAUUUCGUUAACCGCUUAGAUAUUACUUUAUAAAAUGUAUUAUAAAUAUGUACAUUGUUCUUAAAAGUUAUUUGCCUUACAAGAGUGUUACGAGAAUUUUUAAAUAAAUUAUAUUCCCCAAGA